AUGAAAAAAACCACAAAAAAUGGAACCGCACCACUUUUAGAAACUGAUCAGACCAAAUCCGCGGAGCUGGCCUCCGCCGUCGCGGCGGCGUCAUCUCCGGCGCAGAUCGCCGCCGCGUGCGCCGAUGUGGAGUCGUUCCUCCGGAAGCACACUCCUGACCAGCAGAGGUGGUUCUUCUCCAUCACUUUCCCAACCCUAAUAUGCAGAGUGUUCGGCUUCGAUGACCCCUCGCCUCCUUCGGCUGCUACCAAGCGCCACUCAUCCAACGGAUGGAUUGACGUUGCUGCUUCUGAAAAUGAUUCGGAGCUUUCAGGUAGAAUUUUCAGCCUGCUGUCGCCAAAUGGUGUGCUGUUGUCUUCAGUUUCUGGAAUCGAUCGUUUGUCUCUAGUUAAAUACGUUUUCCCUAUUGAAAGAUUACCAGAGUGGGUUCGUUACAUGCUUCAGAAGGAGAAAGACUGUCGGGCAUUGACUGAUUUGUGUCCUUUGUUCAAGAACAGGAUUAAGGAAGAUUCACUAAAGGGUUCUUCGUAUCAGAUCCAGUUGAAUGUUUUUGAAUAUUAUUUGUUUUGGUUUGCUUAUUUCCCUCUUUGCAGAGGUAACAGUGAGGGUUCAGAGACAGUGAAGAUUCAAAGGACCAAAAAGUUUAGGUUGGAGAACUGGUCAUAUUCAAUUCCUGGUCUUGCAAGUACUAAACGUGAAACAGAAAAGAAGACUGAGAGUAAUCUAUACAUAAGGCUUCUGUAUGUCUAUCUUCAUUCGUUUGUGCCUGUCCAAGACUUGAAUGUCCAGCAGCCCUACCGGAGUUCCUUACUUCAGUAUUCUCCUGGUUAUGAUAGUUCUAUUCUGGAGAGAGCUGAGUUUGUGGUCAACACAAUGAUACAUUUCUGGCUGGUUGACAAUGAUUUUUCACCCUUGCCCGUCAGUUUGUCAAAGGCAUUUGGUGUAACUUUUCCUUUUAGGUCUGUUCUGGGAGAGGCUCCACCUACCCCAGGAUUGGGUGACGUGUUAAAUGUUUUUGUUAAGUAUUUGAACAUGAGUUCGCUUGCAGCUACGGAAGGGCAUAAUCAGGUCGAUUAUGUUCGGACUCUUGGGUGGGGAGUUUCAGGUUCAUUUGAUGCUGUUAAGUCCAGGGAUGCUACUCUGAGUUCUCAUACAGUUGGACCACAAAACAUGUUGAUUCAGAGGCCCUUGUACAGAUAUAUCUUGAGAACCUUUCUGUUCUGUCCAGUGGAAACAUCCAUAAAAAAUGCAUCUCAAGCAUUUUCUGUCUGGAUCAACUAUAUGGAACCUUGGUCAAUUAGUUUUGAAGAGUUUGCCGAUCUUAAUGAAACAUUGGGGCUUCCUACAGGAAGUUCAGCAAACAAUGCCAGUAACUCAUCAUCUCCAGGAUAUUCUUCCUCUUGGCAGGGUUUCAUAUUGGCUAACUACUUGUUUUAUAGCUCCUUGGUCAUGCACUUUAUUGGAUUUGCACAUAAGUUUCUUCAUACAGACACGGAAGUUAUUGUUCAGAUGGUCGCUAAGGUAAUAAAUAUUCUAACAUCAUCAUCAGAGCUCAUGAAUUUAAUAAAGAAAAUUGACACUAUAUUCCAUUCAAAAGCGGUUGAUUCCUCUAAAUCAGGCCCAUUCAACAGAUAUAUUCCAACCAUUCUUCAACAGCUACAGGAUUGGGAGGAUGGCCUAUGUGAGAGUGAUGCUGAUGGUUCCUUUUUGCAUGACAACUGGAACAAAGAUUUACGACUCUUUGCCGAUGGCGAAGAUGGUGGGCAGCAUUUGCUUCAGCUCUUUCUGUUGCGUGCAGAAUCUGAGCUACAGUCAAUCUCGGGAAACAAUUUGUCACGGAACCUCCAGUGCCUCGAUUCCCUCAAGGCACAACUAAGUCAGUUGUUUGGCAGCCCUAUCACGAAAACCUCACCCGGAGCCCAUCUUCGUUCUUCAGACAGCCAGCAAUUAAGGGACGAGAUAUUCAGCCCCAGAAGGUUUGGCAACCAAAAACGGACCGAGAUUAAAUACAAAGGUGACUGGAUGAAAAGGCCUUUCUCGAACGACGAGAUUGCUUGGCUGGCCUCAUUUCUUGUCUACCUGUCGAGUUGGUUGAACGAGAAGCUCGGGCUGAACCAGGCUACUGAUUAUAGCCAGGCGUGCGCCAGGUGGUCCUAUGUGGAGGUGAAGGGUGAUGUGGCAAGUGUCUGUGGGCCUAUGGAGACUUUGAAAGUGAUUUUCUGCUCCAUUGUUUCAUGGGCUCUGUGGCUGGUCCAAAUGGGAGUGUGUUUCAUGAGAAGUCAUGGUUUGAGGGUCAAUCUGAGGUUGUUGGCCUCGAAAAAGAUAGUUGUGAUGGUGUUUGUCUUUGCUACCGUCAGUAUCAUAAAGAGAGCUCUGGCCCUAAAGAAAGAUAUGUAG